UGGAGGUGCGGCGAGGAGCCCGGCCGCCGCGUCUGCUCCUGCCCCGCAGCUGCAGCAUGGCGGAGUCGGGCUCAGGGGACAAGGAGGAAGCGGCGCCGGCCCCGAAGAAGCGGCGGCUGGCGGGCGGAGAGCGGUACGUGCCGCCGCCGCGGAAGCUGAGCACGGGGGUGAGUUUCGGCAUGGAGCACUUCGCUGAGACCUCCUACUACUUCGAGGGGGGGCUGCGGAAGGUGCGACCCUACUACUUUGAUUUCCGCACGUACUGCAAGGGCCGCUGGGUUGGCCGCAGCCUCCUGGACGUUUUCAGCACCGAGUUCCGCGCACAGCCCAUCGAUUACUACCGCGCUGCCGCCCGCGCCGGCCGCCUGCGCCUCAACGAAGAGCCCGUCCGAGACCUGGACAUCGUGCUGAAGAACAAUGACUUCCUCCGGAACACCGUGCAUCGCCACGAGCCCCCGGUCACCGCCCAGCCCAUCCGCGUCCUGGCGGAGGACAGCGCGGUGGUGGUGGUGGACAAGCCCUCGUCGCUGCCCGUGCACCCCUGCGGCAGGUUCCGGCACAACACAGUCAUCUUCAUCCUGGGCAAGGAGCACGGCCUGAAGGAGCUGCACACCAUCCACCGCCUGGACCGCAUGACCUCGGGCGUGCUCAUGUUCGCCAAGACGCUGGAGGUGUCCAAGAGGAUGGACGAGCAGGUUCGGGAGAGACAGCUGGAGAAGGAGUACGUCUGCCGUGUGGUGGGGGAGUUCCCGGAGCACGAGGUGGUCUGUGAGGAGCCCAUCCUGGUUGUCUCCUACAAAGUGGGGGUGUGCCGUGUGGACCCCCGAGGGAAGCCCUGCCAAACCUUCUUCCGGCGGCUGAGCUACAACGGCAGGAGCAGCGUGGUGAGGUGCGUGCCCCGCACCGGCCGCACACACCAGAUCCGAGUCCACCUGCAGUACCUGGGGCACCCCAUCCUCAACGACCCCAUCUACAACAUGGACGCCUGGGGCCCCCAGAGGGGCAAGGGGGGCAAGGUGGACAAAACGGACGAGGAGCUCCUGAAGGCGCUGGUGGAGGAGCACCGUUCCAAGCAGAGCCUGGACAUCCUGGGUGUCUCGGAGGAGGACUUGAGCUCCAGUGCUGAGGGUAAGGAUCGUGAUGAUCCAAGUGACCGCUCAAAGCCUGCGCAGGCCGACCUCGUCAGCACGAGCUCCUGCCCUGCCAGGGAUCCCCAGAGGGGUGCUGAGGAUCCUGAGAGGAAUCCUGCUGGUCCCCUUGGCUCUAGUGCCAGCCUGGAGGUGCUUGAUAAAAAGGAAGAGCUCGGUGCCAGCGAGACUCAGAGCAGGCAGAGGGCAGAGGAGGCCUCAGAGGAGAAGGACCCUUUGUGCCCGGAGUGCAGGGUCACCAGGAGGGACCCAUCUCCCAAGGAGCUGGUGAUGUACCUCCAUGCCCUGCGCUACAAGGGAGCGGAGUUUGAGUACUGCUCCAAGAUGCCCCAGUGGGCAAUGGAGGACUGGGAGGAAUGACCAAGGACAUCUGACACCUUUGGACGCCGUUGGCCAGGGAGGUGUCUGGUAAAGACCCAAACUGGCUUUUGCCCAUGUGAUCGAGGUGGACAAAGUGCCUGUGACUUGAGAUAGGGUGGGAAGCAUUGUUGGGGCUGGGGGAUCGUGCUGACCAGGCUGAGCUGGAGCCCCUUCUUCACGCCUCUUAGCUAGAAUUAUGCUGUCCUUUAGAGAACCUGCAGCUGAGGGCAGCAAACACUGCUCAGCAGGGACAGCUUUGCCUUGCCCCUCAGCCUGCGCCGCAGCUGAGGUCAUUCUCCACACAAGAUACCUAGCAGACAAUUCUUGGCUCUUACUGUGAGGGCUGCUGGAAUGUCCUCCAAGAUGCUGGAUGUCUGCUGAUACAAACCUGGGGUUACUGUUCCUUGUCAGGCUGAAUCUGGAACUCAAACGUGAUCUCUGUAAGGGGAGCUCGGAGCACUGUGAAGCUGCUUUGUGUUGUGCUUCCUUUAUCCACGAGGCAGACGUGGCUUUGGCAUCGCUCUUUCAGUCUUCAUUCAAAGAAGUGCUCAACAUCAGUAACUGCAGGGACUGACCUCUGCCUUGUGCCUGUUUUGGGAGGUGCUAGUCCCCAGAUUUUGUCUUUAUCAGAUUUAUGAGAUGAUUGAAUAGGGUUUUUCAUUUCCUGUCUGCUCUGUCACCUCCCCUGUGCCCUGUCCCCUGCCUUCUCACAAGCAUCUGGUUCCUUGCUGAGAAAUCCUCUCCGUGCCUGAGGAGAAAGCCGAAGCAGAGGUCCCUC